AUGAAGAGGAGCAAUUCAGCUGUUAUAAAUAAAAGUGUCCUGUCCUCACCAGCAAUAAAACAGCCCAAACUUGAAUUUUCCUCUUCUUUUGACCGGAUUCAAAAGUACAGUGUUCUCCUAGACUGGGGAAGUUUGCCUCAUCAUGUCCUAUUAGGCAUUUUUUAUUAUCUUCCUUUAAUAGAUCGGGUCCAAGCAUCUUCUGUAUGUAGGAGAUGGAAUGAAGUUUUUCAUAUUCCUGAACUUUGGAGAAAAUUUGAAUUUGAACUGAACCAAUCAGCUACUUCAUAUUUUAAGUCUACUUAUCCUGAUCUCAUUCAGCAGAUCAUUAAAAAGCAUUCUGCUCAUCUUCAGUAUGUUCAUUUUCAGGUUGAUAGUAGCGCUGAAUCAGCUGAAGCUGCCUGUGAUAUACUUUCUCAGCUCGUGAAUUGUUCUAUUCAGACCCUGGGUUUGAUUUCAACGGCAAAGCCAAGUUUUAUGAAAAUGUCAAAGUCUCGUUUUGUAUCAGCACUUACAGUUAUUUUUGUCAAUUCGAAAUCAUUAUCAUCAAUCAAAAUUGAAGACACACCAGUGGAUGAUCCUUCAUUAAAGAUUGUUGUGGCCAAUAAUGGUGAUCCUUUACAACUACUAAAAAUGAGCAGCUGUCCUCAUAUUUCAUCUGAUGGAAUCCUUUGUAUAGCUGAUCAUUGUCAAGGCCUUAGAGAACUGGCAUUGAAUUAUUGCAUUCUAACUGAUGAACUUCUCCUAGCACUUGCAACUAAGACUCACGUUCACCUAGAACACCUUCGGAUUGAUGUUGUGAGUGAAAAUCCUGGACAAGUUGAAUUUCAUUCUAUUAAAAAACAAAGUUGGGACACACUUAUUAAACACUCCCCUGGAGUUAAUAUUGUUAUGUACUUCUUUUUAUAUGAAGAGGACUUUGAGACAUUCUUCAAAGAAGAAACCCCUGUUACUCAUCUUUAUUUUGGUCGUUCAGUAAGCAAAGCAGUUGUAAAACGGAUAGGUCUUAACUGUCCAAGACUGAUAGAGUUAGUUCUGUCUGCUAGUGGCUUACAAACCUUUGAUAAUGAACUUAUUUGUAUUGGCGAAUACUGUAAAAACUUAAACGCCUUGGGUCUCAGUGAAUGUGAAGUUAGCUGCAGUGCAUUCAUUCAGUUUGUAAGACUAUGUGGGAGAAAGCUAACCCACCUCUCUGUAAUGGAGGAUGUGUUGAUCCCUGAUGCUCAUUAUAGCCUAGAGGAAGUCCACACUGAAGUCUCCAAAUACCUGGGAAGAACAUGGUUCCCAGAGGUGAUGCCUUUCUGGUGAAUGGCUACCAAAGAAGAAAUAUUUUUUAAAAGAAAUCAGUAAA